AUGCUAGCCAGCUGCGAGGCAACACUGAGUACCUUGGUCUCAGGUGGACCUGAGACGUUGAUAUUGAACAAGACUAGCAACACCGCGUCAUUAACGACGGGUGACAAGCGACUAUUACGUGACUCGGACGGAGGUGACGAAGACGAAGACGAGGAGAGGGCUUUUAACCCGACCCAAGAGGCAGGUUUCACCUAUUUGAUCCGAAAGUUUCGCAGCUUUGAAGGAAAAGCGGACGACGUCAUUGAUCGAAAGAUUAACAAGGCCGCUCGUUCCGUGGGAAAAGACCCCCAAACCUUAAAGAAGAUGUAUGAGAUGUUUCUAAACGAUGAAAAAAAGCUGCGAGCUCAGCUUGAGAGACAAGCUAGCCUGCGUAAUCAGCGAGGUCAAAACCUGCACUAG